UGAUCUCAUUUGAAUUCCAUCACAGCUGCUCCUCUAUAUUUUGAGAUGAGAAAGAGCCGCAUGCGCGGUGUUCGAAGAAUUCGUUAAUCGUUUUUAGCUUUUUCGGGCGCUGAAAUGUGUGGAAAAUUGUGAUUUCUUUUAAAACGAGGAUCGCAGAUACGAUCUCUGGGCAAAAUUCGAUAAUGUUGUCAACGAAGCUAUCAAAAUUAUCUCUCAAAACAGAAUGUGUCGCCGUUUUUAUCCGUUGAGACCAUACUAGAUAAAUGAAAUCCUAAAUUUAUCAUUAGAUCGGAUCUCGGACGCAUUAUUUAUAUCAUACUAUUUUGAUGAAGAGAAGAAGGUAGGCGAAUAAAGACAAAAAUUAACAAGUGGCGAAAACGUUGAUGAAAAACGUCAAACCACCGCUGAAUUGAUAAGUCAUAUGGAGGGUGAUAGGCGAGAUGAUGAGGAAGAGAUGGAAAUGGAAACUGAAAAGAAUGGGAGAUUUUCUGAGGAAAAUCCAGGCCUGACUACGCGGGAGGCCUUAAAUAUACUGGGUAGAGAUAUCAGGCGCAUCGUAGAAGAAUACGAGAUUGAUUAUAUAAGAAAUAGGAGAUACACGGCUUGGCUGAAGGAUUCGCUUCAUCAUUGCAGCCAGUACACAACCCUUUGUUGGACAUCGUCGUUAGCUCUAUUGUUGAAUGCAGUUGCACUUAUCGUCACCUUUUGCAUAGCCCAUGAAUCAUGGUACAGAUCUCUACUCCCCUCAGGGAUAAUAAUCUGCUGCCUCGUUACCCUAAAUUUUUUUCUGGUUGCAAGUGACAACAAACUUCGCCACCAUGAAAUAUUACACCGGGUGAAAAUAGUUUUAGAAGAAAUACAAAGAGCCAAAUUCACAUGUGAAUGGAAUAUCGAUAACUACCCUCAUCUGUGCAGCCCUCUUUCUCCCUGCCUUACAUUGCAAUGGGCUUAUCGUGACGGGCAAGUUGUGAAUUUGCCUUGGGCACUGCUUGUUGCAGGAGAUGUAAUUAUAAUCAAACCAGGACAGCAAGUCCCGGGCUACUGCCUUCCCUACAACGAAGAAGGUCCCGCGCUCCAUGCAAAGGAGGUCUAUAGUCCACCAGUCCACAGUGCCAACGAGAUAUUUUCCACUCCAAAAACUCGAACCCCAUUAAAAAACAAGAUCUACAAACUCCAGGAAACGCCAUACUUGGCAAAUCUCAAAUUGGCUUUGGAUCAAGCGCUGGACAGACCAGUUACAUAUCACAACCGCGAACGUCAUUUAGUUAUGAUUUGUUGCAUCGAGCAAUUAGCCUACCCUAUUAUUUUAAUUAUAGUAUUACUCAUCAAUUUAAUUCGUUAUUUGUACCUAUCGGAAUACGUCGGCAUCGGUCAGUGGACUGAAAUAUUCUUACUUCAACCAAUAGCCGUCACACUUCCUUUGUUACCAGUAGUUUUUCCCGCCUGUUGGCUUGCUUUAAACUGUUUUGGAAUGGCCAGAUUCAAGGCCUUGUUCAAGUUGUAUCAGUCCUCAAAGAAAACGCAGUUUGUAGAUCCUUUCGAAGAUGCUGAUAUAUCUGGACCAACCAGUCCUGAAGUAGUUUACAACUGGUCAGAAGUUAGGCAGUAUUUUGUCAAUAUUUUCAUUGGUAGAGAGCACAUGAUGUCCAGAUCUGCGAAUAUACUUCACGUUUUUGGAUCCGUUACGGCCUUGUGUUGCGUUGACAAAAAAGGCAUAUUAUCCUGGCCAAACCCAACGGCAGAGAAAGUAUUUUUUCUUAGGAAUGCAAACACGGUGUCACAAACUUCCAGCAACGAUAGCGUGGAAAAAGCUGCUGAACAAGCUUCCUCUCAACCCGAACAAGGACGACAUGAAUCGAGCAAAAUAUCUUAUGCUCAACAUGACAUGUCUCAUUCUGUGGCUGAGGUUCUCGAUCUAACACACGAUCACGCUCUACCUUUUCGGUUAGAGUUUGACGAUCACACUUGGAAGCAGCAUUUAAAUUCGCUCAAACCCCUCGGCCUGGCUAUUCUUUUGAAUACGUGUAACAUGGAGACUCAGGAACACUACACACAAUUUUGCUGUCAUGUCACUUGCGAAGCUUUAUACAACGAGAAUCUCGUCCCUGUUACUAAUCGGAGAUGCUUGUGCGAAUUAGCGAAACAAAUUGGUUUCCAAGAUCAAGCCCAGGAGAUAUUUAAACUGGAAGAACAGCUAUCGACUUUUAGACACGUGCAGCCUGAAAUGGUGAGAAGGGACAUAAAAUUCGCAAGGUCAUUGAGCCUGUCGACCAAGCUCAAAUUUCCUUUCCCCCAUAUGGUGUCUGUUGUGGUUAAAGAGAGAACCGGCGGAGGUUUGCAACUUCUUGCACAAGGAACAGCGGACAUAAUUCUAGAUUCGUGCAUCGAAUUUUGGGACGGCCAUGAUCUAUGCCCUCUGUCCCCCAGCGACAGGAAGAAGGUUCAAGACUUUUAUCAACGCACAAGCUUGACGUCGUAUUGUACGGCAUUUGCCUAUAGACCAUUGACUCGAAGUGUCAAUAGUAAAUUGUCCAAUAUAUAUUUGGAAUUACCUGCAGACAGUAAACAUCUCUACACACCGCAUCGUAGUCCGACUCCAUUGCCUUGGGAUUUCAGGAACGUUCUGGACCCCAGAGUUAAAGGGAUACUUGGACAGUUUCACUCAACAGAUUCGCUUCUAUGCAACGACAAUAAAGACGAGGAGGUGAAUGACGUAGAGGGAUGUUUUGACCUCCAAUGCAACCAGGUGUUCAUUGGGAUGGUUACAAUGCAGUAUCAGGCCCAAACAGACAUGGUGCAAUUGAUUGAACAGCUUGAAAGAGCCUGCAUAAGGUUUGUUCACUUUAGCAAAGAAAAUGAGUUGAGGUCGAGGGUAUUUUCGGAGAAAAUGGGACUCGAAAGUGGAUGGAAUUGCCACAUUUCCCUUUUGAGUGAAAGGGCCAGGUCGGAGAGUCCUGUGGGUUAUUGGGUGAGCCAAGCCGCAGCUAUGUCCUCACCCACACCCUCUGCCCGAUCUCACCAGCAUAACAAUUCCUGCAUGGACGAGGCGAGCCAAUUGCUUAACCAUAUCUCCCCUCGCAGUAACCUGGAUAAUAGCCGAGCAAUGAGUAUGUCAGCACCGAGUGCUAUAAACACAGAAUUUACUACCGUGAAAUUUGACGACGAUGCAACCGAGUGGAAUGACAUUGAACCAACGCAGCCAAAAAGCGCGAUGAGCCAUAGGGAACAGGAUACAAUGCAAAGCGAGGACAGUGUACUUGUUCAAAGUGUUGAUUUGGGAUCAGGACAGGAAGCCUGGCGUUCAUUGAGCUGUCUCACCGACAGCACAGAGCAAAGUGCUCCUGUUAAUUUUGACAUGUCUAACAGGGCUAAACUACCACGAGGAAUAGACAAGAUACGACCACAUAUAGAGCUGAUCGAUAACGUCCCAUUACUAGUUUCUUUGUUCACCGAUUGCAACACUACAGUGACACGAGAAAUGCUGCACAUUAUGCAGGAUUAUGGAGAAGUUGUAUGCGUGCUUGGAUCUUCAGCAAAUGCAGAAAAUAUGCCAAUUUUCAUGCAGGCCGACGCUGCAGUUGCCGUAGAACCUCUGUAUCCACAAGUCUGCCAGAAAGUACCAGUAAUGACUGCACCUAGGGAAGAUUACGGACCUUCUCCAGUCGACCUUAGCAGAGCUUUGAAUUCCAUCUCUUGUUCACUGAGCAUCAGGCGAGAAGAUCCCGUUGCCUUGUACCACCUGGUUAUGGAGGCACGCCACUAUAUGCAGUGUGUAUGGAACAGCGUACAGUUUUGGAUAUGUUGCGUAGUAACUGCAUCGUUGGCGCAACUUUUGUCUGGUUUUCUUAUGCUACCACCGUUAUUUUCAAUCGGUCAAGUUAUGUGGUUGAGUUGCCUGAUAAUUCCGCUGCUUUCGGUUUCCCUCGUCGCAACUCCGACUGACCCAACUAUAAUGCAAAGAGCAACGGGAAAAAAUCAGUGCUUAGUCAAUGGACAGGUGGCAUUAUUUGUUCUGUGGUGUUACGGAAGCAAAUUUCUGCCCACCAUUAUCACCAUUGUGCUGUCGCAGGGCCUUAUACUUGCCAAUAUGUGCCCGAUUAUUUUGGAUGGUGAUUCCAAUUGUCUUUACGUAUAUCCAAAGCUCAAUGAUACCGUCUCAUGGGGUGGUUGGGGCGCGAACCCACAAGGCAUUUUGGUUGCCCAACACUUUGCUUUAGUCGUCGCAGUUUUACACUUUGUUACGAUAUCGAUUAGUUUCGUUCAUCGAGAAUAUUCCGUUUGGAGGAAACCACCGGUAAAAAAUUUGACUUGGGUGCUAACCGCAAUUAUUGUGCUCUGCAUACAGGCUUUAUUUUCUGGAGCAGUGUUUUGGACGUUUUGGAAGGAAAAAUCCGAAAUAUAUAAAGCGUUUCCGCUGCACUUGCCACUUUUUUUUCUGUUCUCCGUUCCCCUUGCUUUCGCAACGAAUGAACUAGUCAAAUGGCAAGAGAUAAAAGUGAACGUGAGAUACCAGAAGAGAGCUCGAUUGGAAUUCGGUACAAAACUCGGAAUGAAUUCACCAUUUUAAUGGAAAAUUUACACAAUAGGUAUAGGUUUAAAAAAAAUUUCUAAUACAAAAUGCCAAAUAUUGCCAACUUACAAUAUUGAUGUUACAUUUGUUUUUAUUUGUAAAUACGCGAUCCACGUUUUUUUACUGUAUCACUCAGAACACUCAAUGAAUAUUCCUUUUAUACCUAAAAGCACGAACAAUUUUUCUUUUGCGAUAUCGUCAUGUCGUUCCUCGAAACUACUGCCAUAGAUAUUUUCUAAUAUGAAUGAUGACAAUUGAUGUACAUAUUACCUUCUGAAGCCUAUCAGUGCUUUCACGAUAACUACUACAGAGAGAAUAGAAAUCAAAGAAAGAAAUUUUUUUUCAACUAUACAUCGUUUGUAACGAACCGAAAAAAGUUUACAUGUUUUGGCAUGCAUAUGAAAAUUAGGUGAUAAAUAGUUUGAAGUUCAUUGAUUCGUAUUACGAAUGAACUUUCAGCUAAUCAAACGGGCUCUGAACUCACAAUCAGUAAUGUUUAGCCCAAAUUGUAUGUGACUGGAGCAUGGAUUUAAUUCCAAUAUAACGGAUCAAAAGUAAACGAGGCGAAGAUAGGAAAUAUGGAAUUUUAAUCUCAGCUCUAGACACGGUAUUUUCUGAUAAUUAAUGUUAAGUAAUAAGUCGUGAAUAAAAGUGGUACAAGUCAGUUGGCGGAAGCUCUUUUUAACAUUUAUUAUAAUAUUGCCACAAUUUUAGCUUAAUUUUUUGCUGGCAAAGGGUGAGAGCUAAGAUUUGUUGUUCUUUUUUCUUUUUAUAAAAUUCAUUCUGCAUUUAUUGUAUCAGCUUAUAAACCUCCAAUGAAAAUGAAGCCAUAGAUGAUGGAAUAACUACUUGUACCGGUUUUAAUUCUACCGACUCUGAUUAUAAAUGAUGAAGAGAAACAUAAAAAAAAGAUCAUGAACAGGAAAGAUAUAUACUGACAUAUAUAUAAUUAUAUUUUUAUAUAACCCAAAAUUAUAUUCAACACCCCAACUGUUUGAUUAUUGAGUAAUAGAGAAAAGUUUACAUGAAUCGAAUUGUUUUAGUAAACUUGGAAAACGAUACUUUUUUUCACUACUACCAAUCGCUUCUAUGAAGUUACUUUAAGAGCUAAGCACAAUUGUUAUUUUUCUCUUCAAUUGAAAUUCAUGAACCCUUGCGGUUUCCUUCUUCUUCUGACAGUGUUAUUUCGCUCAUGUGAUUUUUGACGUUGAGUACACCAUCGGUGGAUGAUUUUACACAAAGUUCAGAUGUAUUGAUAUAAUAUUUCUUUUUUUAUUGAGCAAAGUAGUCUAGUAGUCGCACGAUGAUCAUGCAAUAGGAAACAACUUAGAGUCGGCGAGCAAAAAUUUUACCUGAGGUUAUGAGUCAAAUCGAAAAGGGGAAUAAAAACCGUUGUUCGAGAGAACUAUAUCAAUUAUUUGCAUUUCGCAUCACUUCAAUAUCUUGAUGAAUUUUUACUAUUGUAUUGUACAUAACCAUACUUGCGUACUAAUCAAAAGUUUUUCUAUACAUAAUGAGCACACAGCUAAUCGAGUGUUGAUCUAUCGAUUGUUGUUUCAUAUAGUUAUCGAAGAAGAAAAAAAAACUAGAGCCACAUCAAAGUGGUUUCUUAUGGAAAAGUUUAUCGGAUGAAUUCAAUACCAAAGUCAAUUAUCUACCAAUAACCAAUGAAGUUGUUUGAGAAUUUGACGCUUUCGAAUUAAUCAAAUUUGGGUUUAAUCAUUGUCCUCAAUAAUCAGAGGCAAGCAACAAGAUUUUUCAUUAGAAUUUAUGGAUUGGAGUGAAACAGUUUGGCUCGAUAGAAAGUUAUGUGAAUCGAUGGUUGAAUGAACAGCUCCAAAUUUUUAGAUAAAUCCAACGACUGCGUAACAAUUUUUUAUAUAUUUCAACGUUAUCUCAAUAACGAUGUAUUAUUAUGGCGAAGGUCUUGAUCUCACAGGAACGGAUCUUCCGCAUUUAUUUAUAGGACUACAAGGUUAAUAAAGUUUACCCAUUUGUGCAAAGCAAAA